AUGGCAUAUGCUACCAAGCAAACUCUAAUUACUCCAUCAUCAACCACAACAGUUUCUCUUCCUCUCACUUUCCUUGAUUUUCCUUUAGCAGGUCCAAUUUACGUUAAACGUCAAUUUUUCUAUCACUUUCCUCAUUCAACCGAUUAUUUUUACGAGACAACACUUCCAUCUCUCAAACACUCUCUUUCGCUUACUCUUCAACAUUUCUUCCCUCUCGCGGGAAAUCUCAUGUCUCCACCACCACCCCACAAACCGUAUAUCAUCUGCACGCAAAAGGACUCUGUCGUAUUUACCAUCACCGAAUCAUCGGCGAAUUUCAACCAUCUUUCGGCCAAUAAGCACCCCAAAAAUAUCGAAGACUUUAAGCACCUUGUUCCAAAAUUAACACACAAAACAACUCUAGAUGAUGAUGAAACUGAAAAAAACACCUUCAUAUUCCCUUUGUUGACUUUGCAAGCCACGGUGUUCCCUAACCACGGUCUUUGCAUCGCGAUCACGUAUUGUCAUGUAAUGGAUGAUAACUGUUGUAAUCAUUUCAUGAAAACUUGGUCUGCUUUCCAUGGAAAUUGUGAAGUAAACUUUAAGUUAACACCUUGUUUUGAUAGAAAUAUUUUGAGGGACCCAAAAGGGCUUGAGACAGUUUUCUUAAGAGACUAUUUUGAAGAAAGAAAAACAUGGAAGAAAAAAGUUACUAGUCAAACUCAAACUCAAAUUACCGAAGAAAAACCCCAAGAAUAUGUUAAAGCAACUUUUGUUUUUGGGAAAGAAGAAAUUGAAAGAAUGAAAAGAUGGAUCCUCAAUCAAUGGAAGAAAAAUGAUCACGAGAUUAAGGCGCCACAGUACUUAUCUAAAUUUGUCGUAACUUGUGGAUUUAUAUGGGCUAGUUUGGUUAAAACAAGAUAUAGAAAUGAUAACGAUGACGAUGAAAAAGAAGAGUAUUUUCGUUUUGCAGGUGAUUGUAGAGACAGACUUGGAUACGCGAUACCAGAAGGAUAUUUUGGAAAUUGUUUAACACUAAGUCAUGCAACGGCGAAAAGAAAGGAUCUAAAAGGAGAAGAAGGUUUUGUGAAUGCUGUUAAGGUAAUUGAGAGGGCGGUAACUGAGAUGAAAAACGAACUGUUUAAAGAUGCGGCGGAAUGGAGGGAGACAUUUAAGAAGAUGUAUGAGUUUGGAAGUGUGUUGUUGGUAACAGGAUCACCUAAGUUUAAUGUUUAUGAGAUUGAUUUUGGAUUUGGAAAACCAGUUAAAGUUGACAUGUUGCAUUCUUUUAAAUGUAUGUCUAUUGCUGAGAGUGGAGAUAGAGAAGGUGGACUUGAAGUUGGAUUGGUAUUUAAGAGUGGGGAAUUUGAAUAUUUUUGUUCUGUCAUUGAACAAGGACUUGAAGCUUUUAAAGUUUAA